AAUUUUCGAAGAUUAAAAAUGCCUGCAUUUCACACGAAAACUAUAGAAUCCAUCCUGGAGCCUGUGGCCCAGCAGGUGUCCAGGUUGGUUAUACUCCACGAAGAAGCGGAAGAUGGCAAUGCUAUGCCGGAUUUGGAGCAACCGGUGAAGACUGUUAGCGUAGCCGUAUCCAAUUUGGUGAAAGUGGGCAGGGAUACAAUCAACAGUUCCGACGAUACAAUCCUGAGACAAGACAUGCCUUCGGCCCUUGUGAGAGUCGAAAGGUCCUCUAAAUUGCUGGAGGAAGCGAGUGGCAUGCUGAAACACGAUCCUUUUUCUGGACCAGCCAGAAAGCGCUUAAUCGAAGGAAGUGGUGGAAUUCUGCAAGCUACGUCCGCUCUGUUAGUUUGUUUUGAUGAAUCGGAGGUGCGGAAAAUUGUGCGAGAAUGUCACAGGGUUUUGGAUUAUUUGGCGGUGACGGAAGUAACGGAUACCAUGGAGGGUCUGGUACAAUUUCUGAGGGAACUUAGUCCGUGCUUGAGUAAAGUUACAAGAGAUGUUAGCGCCCGUGAAAAGGAGCUAACCCAUCAAGUUCAUUCUGAAAUUUUGGUACGGUGCGUCGAACAAGUGAAGAGCUUGGCACCAAUAUUAAUCUGCUCGAUGAAGAUAUACAUUCAUAUUUUGGCCAAUGGUGGUAAAGGCGCCGAAGAAGCGGCUGAGAAUCGCAACUAUUUGGCGGCGAGAAUGAGUGAGGAAAUAAAUGAGAUCAUUCGCGUGCUUCAAUUGACCAGUUACGAUGAAGAACAAUCCGAUUUAGAUAAUUUAACAGUUUUAAAGAAACUGCAGAACGCUAUUCAGAACAAGAUCAACGCAGCAAAUGAUUGGUUGAUGGAUCCAAAGGCAGUUAGAGGCGGAAUCGGCGAAAAGUCAUUAAGGCAAAUCAUUGACGCUGCUGAAAAAGUAGCUGGAAGAUGUUUGCCCCAGGACAAGCAAAUUAUUGGAAAGUUGUGCUCCGAUCUUGAGACUAUGACCAAUGCUCUGUGUGAGUUGAGACAAGAAGGUAAAGGUGCAACACCUCAGGCUGAAUCUUUAGCAAGAGGAAUUAAGGAGAAGUUGGGCAGUUUGCAGCAGGCUGUCCUAAAUGCUGUUGUUGCAGUAGAUAAAGCCGGUCUUCAGCAAACGGCGCACACCGUCCAAGGAAGAUUGGAACAAGCACGCAAAUGGUUUUCUAAUCCUGCUCACGAUGAUAAAGGUUUAGGUCAAAGAGCCAUUCAAGCCAUUGUCGAAGAAGGCAGAAAAGUUGCUGACGGUUUACCUGGCAUUCAAAAAUCAGAGGUGCAGCAGUUAUGUAACGAGGUGGAUGAUUUGACUCGGUUUCUGCGAGAUCUAUGCGCCUCUGGAGAAGGUAAUUCGCCUCAAGCUCGUGAAAUUUCCAAAAGACUCGCACACAAACUGCACGAAUUGAAGGAGAAAAUCAAUCAGGCAGUUGUAAAUCGAGUCGUGGAGGAUUUCAUAGAUAUCGUAUCGCCGCUAAGACAAUUUCAUGAGGCCGUUUUGGCUCCGGAAGGUUCACCCAAUCGUUACCAAAACUUUGAGGAUAAAGCUGCAAACCUGCAGCACUUUUCCAAUCGUGCUGUGAAAACCGCUAGGAUGGUCGGAGCAGCUUGUAAAGCAGGGUUCUUGCGAAAUAGUGGAAGCGGCGGCAACAAAAAAUUAGCUGAGGCUUUACAGAGCGUGGCCAAUCAGAUGGAUAGCCUGACUCCACAGCUGGUGUCCGCCGGAAGCAUUCGAAUGAAUUAUCCGGAAUCGAAGACUGCCGACGAGCAUUUCGAGAAUCUUCGUGGACAGUACUCUUAUUUGUUAACGAAAAUGAGAAAUCUGUGUGACGAAACCACGGAUUCCGCAGAUUUUAUCAAAUCUUCGGAGGAGCAAAUGAAAAUACACACGUUCAUGUGCGAGGAGGCUAUUCAAAAUCAAGCACCUCAGAAGAUGGUUGAUAAUACUUCUUCAAUUGCGCGACUUGCUAAUCGAGUUAUAACCGUGGCAAAGCAAGAAAGCGACAACAGUGAGGAUCCCACCUUCAUCGAUGAAAUAAAUAACGCUUCAUACAACUUGCAAACAAGUAUUCCACCGAUGGUUCAGAACGCUAAAUAUGUGGCUAUGAAUCCAGCUGAUCCAGCUGCUGCCUCCCAUUGGCGCGAAACUAACAAGGAGCUCUUGAAGUCCGUUGGACUGGUACGUCAAGCAAUUCAACCGGAACUUCCGCCAUUGCCGGACAUGAACUCUCUGAACAUAGAACCUGCGCAAGAAUCGCAUUUCCAAAACAAAGUGGGAGAGUCGGUGCGCAACAUCCCUGCACCGGCCAACGAAGAUUUCAGAACGCUAAGCCCGAAUCAGCCGCACUUGCUGGGCGGUAGGCACAGCCCACUUCCGAAAUGGGCUCGAGGCGAUAAUUCAGAUCUACUUUGCCAGGAACUGAAUCCGAAUCACUAUGAUGAGUCAGGAUACUAUCGUUUUAUUCCACAGUAUAUCACGGAAGAUGAUAUGGCACCGCCACGCCCACCAUUGCCAACCGUGGGAGACGGAGCUCCGCCUAUGAGACCGCCACCUCCGGAAACGGACGACGAAGACGACGUUUUCAAAAACGCUUCCAACGCCAGCCAACCUAUCAUGGUUGCUGCGCACAAUCUGCACAGAGAAGUAAAGCAGUGGUCCGCCAAGGAUAACGAAUUGAUCCAAGCGGCACGCAGGAUGGCACUUUUGAUGGCUCGCCUUUCAGAUUUGGUACAGAACGAUGACAAGGGAAGCAAACGUGAAUUGAUUGCCACCGCAAAGUCUAUCGCCGAUGCCAGUGCUGAAGUCACGAAGAUUGCCAAACAAUUAGCACUCGAGUGCACUGAUAAGAGGAUUCGCACGAACUUGUUGCAAGUCUGCGAACGCAUUCCAACCAUUGCUACGCAACUGAAGAUUUUGAGUACCGUCAAGGCCACUAUGCUUGGAGCUCAAGGCUCUGAAGAGGAUCGUGAGGCUACGGAGAUGUUGGAAGGAAACGCCCAGAAUUUGAUGCAGAGUGUAAAAGAGACCGUUAGGGCUGCAGAAGGCGCUUCCAUCAAGAUACAAUCACAGACGCAAGGUCGUCUCCGCUGGGUGAGACGUCAACCCUGGUACGCUUAUAAUUAGAAGAUCAACGACUGUUUUCAAUCUUGCCAAUAACCAACCAAUCAAUUGAAACUACUUACAAUUUACGUUAAAAUAUGUUUAUGUUCUCUCUAUACAUUUAUUACUACUUACUCAUCGUGCAAUAAUUCUUCAAUCAUUUUGUGAUUCCUUUCGUUUAUUAAUGUUUCUUCCAAAUUGUGAUCUGAUUAUGAAGAUGAUAAAACUUGGGCCUUAAUAAAGUAAAACUAUAUUUAGAUAUAUACUUAUGAUGAUAGAAUGUUUGCCUUAUAAUACGAAAUCUAUAUAUAACGAAGAUGUUAGAUAAUGUACAAUGAAAGGAAUAUUUAAAUCAGUUUUAAAGAGAAUUUCUAUUUCUAUAGCAGACAUUUAAUAUUAUAGCAAUAGAAUAUUUUUAUAUGCUUUAUAGGAUAAUAUUACGAUGGAAAUAUUAUAUUAUAUUAGUGCCAAAUUUUAGAGAAACAAUAUUGAAAUGAAUGACCUAUGCAACAUUGUUUGAGACUAAU